AUUAUAAGCCUACUCCUAAAGCAUCAUCCCAUCUCGCAUAUCCAAGAUCCGAAUCUCAUUCUCCGAUCGACGUUCUCACCAGAUCUCUUUACCUGAUCUAACCCCCACCGCACACACCAUGGCCUUCGAACGAAUUCUCUUGGGGAUGGGCAAUCCUCUCCUCGACAUUUCAGCUGUUGUGGACCAAGACUUUUUGGACAGAUAUGACGUCAAGUUGAACAACGCGAUCCUCGCGGAGGACAAGCACUUACCAAUGUAUGAAGAAAUGGCUUCCAUGUAUAAUGUGGAUUACAUUGCUGGAGGUGCUACCCAAAAUUCAAUCAGAGUUGCACAGUGGAUGCUUCAAAUUCCUGGUGCAACAGGAUACAUGGGCUGCAUUGGAAAGGACAAGUUUGGAGAGGAAAUGAAGAAGAACUCAAAAGCUGCUGGCAUUAACGUUCAAUAUCUUGAGGAUGAGACUACACCAACAGGAACUUGCGCUGUUUGUGUUGUUGGUGGCGAAAGGUCACUUAUUGCGAAUCUGUCAGCUGCAAAUUGCUACAAAUCUGAGCAUUUGAAGAGACCAGAGAAUUGGGUAUUAGUUGAGAAGGCCAAAUACUUUUAUAUUGCUGGCUUUUUCCUCACUGUAUCGCCAGAUUCCAUACAGCUUGUUGCUGAACAUGCAGCUGCAAACAACAAGGUCUUUAUGAUGAAUCUUUCUGCUCCAUUUAUUUGUGAGUUCUUCAAGGAUGCACAGGAGAAAGCUCUUCCGUAUAUGGACUAUGUCUUUGGCAAUGAGACAGAGGCAAGAACCUUCUCAAAAGUUCAUGGCUGGGAGACUGAUAAUGUUGAAGAGAUAGCUUUGAAGAUUUCCCAGUGGCCAAAAGCAUCUGGAACACACAAGAGAAUCACUGUUAUCACUCAGGGGGCAGACCCAGUGGUUGUUGCUGAAGAUGGGAAAGUAAGGAAAUUCCCUGUAAUAUUGCUACCAAAGGAAAAGCUUGUUGAUACAAAUGGAGCAGGUGAUGCAUUUGUCGGAGGAUUUCUUUCCCAGCUGGUUCAGGAGAAGCCCAUUGAAGAUUGUGUGAGAGCCGGUUGUUAUGCAGCCAAUGUUAUCAUCCAAAGGUCUGGCUGCACAUACCCAGAAAAGCCUGAUUUCAACUAAGCCACUCCCUGAUUGGUCCCUCGUGUUAUUUUCAAAAUUUUGGUUGUCAAGUACCGUUUGAUUUGAUCUCCUUUCUAUGGUUAUAUUUUUUUUUUGGAACAAAUACGCAAGGGACCAGAUUCGAACUCGAACCGUUGCUCUGGGAGUGGAGGAAUGCACUUAUAGGUGGCCUGACGCCACUGGCCCAAAGGCCCAAGUGCCCCUUCUAUGCUUAUUAUUUGCUGAUUAUUGCUAUGGCAGUUUGCAUUAGCCAAAGAAAACUGUUAUAUGUGGUGACUAUAAUUUGAUCUCAAUGGUGGAGAAACUCAAUUAUUUACCUUCUAGUAUUUUCCGAUCUUACCUUAAAAACCAUUUCUGUUGCAGGAUGCUUAAUCUUAAUAUAGUUAAUAUGUUGUG